UUUUUUAAUAAAUAGCAUUCGUUAGCAAUCAUUCGAACGAACAAGUGUAACAAAAAAUUCUAACAGCAAAACAAUUUACAAAGAAUACCUUUAUUUUAUAUAAUAUGAAACGCAAGAACAGCAGCGGUGGAGGAUUAUAUCCAAAGAAAGCCAAAAUUGUAAUAGACGAUGAGUUCUUUAGCUUCAACUCAGAAUCGUCUAGCGAUGAUUUGAGCGUUAAGCCCGCCCAGAUCCACUUGCCAGUGGAGGCAGCUGUCCAUGAGGACCAGAGUGUGUCAAGUGCCGAGGUGCUGGUGCUGCUCCCAGAACGUGAUGGAGAGGAAUCCGAAACGGAUACAGAUACAAUGGAACCACCAAUUCAGCAUGAAAGCUCCAAGGAAACCGUGACAGCUUCACCGGCAUGCUCCACAAUGUCAUACGGACAGGAGGAUGCUGACGACGAUGAUAAUGCCGAUGAGGAUGAUAACAAUGAUAAUGCUUACGUCGAAGAUGACGGGGGAAAUGUCGAUGACAAUGAUGACAUAGAUGAUGCCGACGAUGUCGAAGAUGUCGAGAACGUCGAGGAUAAUGGGACUAACCAGUUUAGUGUGGAUUAUGAUUCGGACUUUAUGCAAAAGGAGAGUCCCGGACAGUACAAAUUCGGUGGCUAUCAUCCAGUCUCAGUGGGCGAUGUCUUUAAAGAUCGUUACUAUGCCAUCCACAAGCUUGGCUGGGGUCACUUCUCCGUCGUCUGGAUGUGCUUCGAUAGCGUGCUGGAACGCUAUUGUGCCAUCAAGAUGGUCAAGUCGGCCGAUCACUUCACAGAGACGGCCCGGGAUGAGAUCGAGAUUCUAAAUUUCAUUGCUGUCAGCCGAUGGCAUCCAUUGCGUGAUCGCAUUGUCCAGUUCACCGAUCACUUCAGUGUGAGCGGCACUCAUGGCACACAUCUGUGCCUGGUCUUUGAGAUUCUGGGUGACACCCUUCUCAAAUUGAUCCAACGCUCCCGUUACCAGGGUCUUCCGAUACGUAAUGUCAAGCAGAUAGCCGUCCAGGUGCUGGAGGGUCUCUACUAUAUCCACAAACAUUGCAGCAUCAUUCAUACCGAUCUAAAGCCCGAGAAUGUUCUGAUGGAGGCCAAUGAUUUGGCCAUACGGACCCAGGCCACACGCGUUGUGACCGCCUUCUUCGAGGCCAAUGCUCAUCUUCUCAAGCCCAGAAAACCCAAUGGUGGCAUGGCUGCUGCCCAUCGUUCUAAUAGCUUUCUAUUUCCGGAGGACUAUGGCUGUGGAAUAGCUCGUUCCACUGCUAAUGCCGAAAAACAGAGCACAGGUGGAUGCACCGCCAAAAGCUCCACCAAGAGCUCCACAAACUCCACCACGAAGAACACACUGAAGAGCGUUCCGGCGGCAACCAAACUGACCAAGACCGCCAAGCGCAAAUUACGGGCUCGAGCCAAGCGCAAUAUGAGCUUCUUCCUGGAGCACCGUCAGUGGUUGCGCCAGCAAGCCAUUGACGAUCUCCUGAUACUGGCCCAGAAUAAUUAUCUAACGCCAUCUCUGGCCGCCCGUGCAGUCACCGGCAAGCUUCCCUUUAUGCCCGCCAUUGAUGGCAUAGUGUUCCUUAACGACCGGGACCUUGAGCAAGUGGAACAAUUGGAGGAGAUGGAUGGUAGGAAAACUGGUAGAUGGAGUCCGGAAUUCAAGCUGGAGCAGCCCCGGUAUAUGGGAAGGAAAUUGCCAAAGGGACAUUACUCAGAAGCUGUGCGUAUGCUAUUCAAUAAUCCAUUAGAGUUUAUAUGGCAUGUCCAGCGAAGGACCAGGGAGUUGGAUAAGGAGGAGCGAGAGCGUUACAAGCUGGGCAAGGUGGUGACACCUCGCGGCAGGAAGAUUAAGCAGCAGGGCAGCAGCAGCUGCAGCGGUUUAGCCAAAAUGAUGAAGAUGGUGUACGAUGAUGACGCACGAAAGACAAAGCGUCGCAGCUGCUUGCCUAAUUUGGAUAUCAUUGCGCGCAAGGAUCCCUCUGUGGAGUAUUGUCCGGUGAAGGUAAAGAUUGCGGAUAUGGGCAAUGCCUGCUGGUUCGACCAUCAUUUCACCGAUGACAUUCAGACGCGUGAAUAUCGCGCUCCGGAGGUUAUUCUGGGUGCCGGUUACAACGAAAAGGCGGAUAUCUGGAGUGCCGCCUGUCUCUUUUGGGAGCUGGCCACCGGUGAUUAUCUAUUCAAUCCCCAGGAGGGUCACGGCCGGGCCACAUUGGAUGAAACGCAUAUAGCGAGCAUUAUUGAGACAUGCGGCGCCAUACCAAAGGAACUGAUUGCCACAGGUAGCAUUGGGCAUAAUUUCCUUCGUUCAAAUGGCACACUGCGCCACAUUGGCAACCUCCAGGAGCGUUCCCUGAGCGUUGUUCUCGUCACCAAGUACAGUUGGUCCACCAGCGAUGCCCUGCAGUUUGAGUCGUUCUUGAAGCCCAUGCUGGACACGGAUCCGCGCAAGCGAUCCUCCGCCUUGAAUGCCACAAUGCACUCUUGGCUAAUGGAGAAGGAUUCGGUGUCGUCAUACGAGAACGAGAGCAAGGAGGAACGCCAUGGACACUGGUCGAUGUAUUACCACAAGGAAACAAAGCAUGAGGGCACACCCGAUCCGCGAGCCUCCACUGGCCCAAAAUAAGAUCGCGUUUCACGUUAUUUCUCUGUUUCUUGUUGAAAUUCAAGUUAAAAGUGUACACCGGCCGGCAGACUUGCGUGAUUUGCAACACAGUUGUGUCCAUCCACGCACCAUAAAUUCACGUCUGCCACUGGCUCACGUAUUCUCGCACAGGUGUUUUGUAACUAAUUUUUCCAUCCUUUUCUCAAAUUUUAACUGUACUUUCAUCGAUGCAUACAAAAUGUUCGAAGCCACGCACACACGCACACGAACACGCACCGACGACAGAGGAGCGGAGCCCCAGGGCGCUGCUGACCGGCAAUUCGGCGCACAAAACUAACGCAUCGAAAACGCGGUUCCCGAUUGCUGAUCUUGCCGUUCCUUCAUAGUCUAUCGCCUCGUUUCCACACUCUGCAAUGAUUUCGGCCACUUUUGUUAACGCAAACAACUAUGUAACUAUUAAAAGUUCACUUUUCCUUA